UUGGUCCUGGCUGGAGGCGGCCCCGCUGGCCUGAGCCGUGGACGCGCGGACCGCUCCAGACCCCGGUGCCUUGCGGACCCCCGGGGCGCCGUCACCCGGUGGGCCCCACUGCCCGCGCACGGAGGCUCACGGGGGGCCACGGCCCUGCCCUGCUCCGGGCCCCCCCCCCCCCCCGGGGGCAGCCGGCGGCCUCUAGAGCCCCGGCCGCGGUGGGGGCGGGGGGCGGGGCUGGGGCUCUAACCCCAAGCCUGGAGCCUCUUGUUGUUAUUCCCGUUUUGUAGACGAGGGAAAUGGAGGUUCACAGACGUGAAAGAGACCAGGUCACUCAGCUGACGGUACCGAGGACUGGACCGUGUGACCCCUGGGCUACGGUCCCUGACCUGUGGGCUGUGCUGCCCCGCAGACUGUGGUGACAAGGCAGAUGGCUCCCUGGUAACCCGCUGAGAGCAGAGCCGUGGCCGCCCAGGGCCGGCUUACAGCUCACAGCUGCACGGAUAGCGUUCCAGACAGAAGUGGGGUCUCUAGCCUCUGAGUUAAUCUCCUGAGGCCCCAGCCUGGGCCAGGCAGGCGGGGGCUGACGGGUGACGCUGGGCUGGUCAUCCCUGUCUCCAAAGAACUCUUAUUCUCACUACGUUCUUCUUUUUGCUCUUUAUUCCAGCUGAGGAGGGCAGUGCCACCCUGCAGAGGGACCUCUUUGGAGGUUGCUGUGCCCUGCUGGGGCCUUGCCAGCGCUGUGUGGGCGGGGCAUUCCCUCCACUCGCCACUCUGAGUCAGACUCGGGAGCGAGGUGGCAUGGUGAAGAGGGUGGUGGGCACCUCAGUGCUUGGCUCGUGACUGAGCCAUCCAGAGGGGACUGUGGCCUUCUGUGGGCCAGUCAUGGCUGGUGCUUUAGGCUUCAUUUGCUCAUUUAUUCAAAAGACGUUGGCCAGGCUCCUUCUGUGUGCCAGGCCUGGGUUUCACCUUGGUGUGAAGACGGGCACACUUUCCUGGAAGCACAAGGGACAUCCCCCCAUCCCUUUGUGCGAAUGGCAGGGCAUCUGGAGCAGACCGUCAGGUUCAGGCUCUGACCUAACCUAACCCCAGCUGGCGGGCCUGGAAACUCAGGUCAUUUUUCUGGAAUGAGAAUACUCAUCUUGAUUUCUCCAGGGUGCUGGCUGGAUUUGGUGACAUCCCCAGGGGGGUGCCUGGCACCUAAUAGGGAUGCGGUGGGAGGGAAGGCUCUCCUGUAGGACCUGGGGCAGGCACUGGCUGGUCCGCCCACAUGGUGAGGGGCUCAGGUGUGAUGUGCCUGGGGUGUGGAGCUCCUCUGGGAAGUUUCACUCUGAGUGUCUUCAGGAGAACAGGGAGCUCCUGCAUAUUCAGAACCCAUGAAGCAGCAAGUCAGUGAGGAAGGAGGGUCACGGGUCAGGCUGUCCUGCGUCUUCCGUGUUUGCAGAGGGCAGGCCUCUCGGCAUGAGCUCUUUGGGCACAAGCCCACUAAUCUGCACUACGCUCUGCGCACACGGGGUUGAACCAUUUUAUGGAUGAUUAGAUGGACCCAGACGUGGUCACUGAGGUGCCCAAGGACACCUGUAAACCCCAACAGUCAAUCCCCCAUCUUGCACUGUCCUCAAGCUGGUAUGGGUGAAGCUCUCCUCCCACCUCCCGGCUGCUCCUUGGGCCUCUGUCCCCUCGUCUCCAAAGUGGGGGCUUGGGGCACAAUAGGCUCAGUGGGUCCGCUGUAGCCUCACUGUGUGGUUAGUGCCAUCGCCUGCUGGAUGCUGCUCUCUCGGGGGUGGGCGCCACUUCUGCAGAUCUGCAGAAGAUUGGGCUGGCACCCUGGGUCUCCAAGAGUGUCCUCAGCCCCUCUGGGAGGGCUGGGGACAGAGCCUCUGGUUCUGAGAGCACCUUUGGGUGGAUUCGGCCUAGGGCUGGAGGCUUUCCCAAGCCCUACUGACCACAGGCUCGUUGCAGAUGAGGACGAUGUGCACAGAUGUGGCCGCUGCCAGGCGGAGUUCACUGCCUUGGAAGACUUUGUUCAGCACAAGCUCCAGAAAGUGUGCCAGCGGGCCCCUCAGGAGGCCCUGCCUGCAACCCCUGCCGCUGGCGCACUGCUGGGCCAGGAGGUGGUGCCAGCGGUUGCAGGCCCGGAGGAGCCCAUCACGGUGGCCCACAUUGUGGUGGAGACGGCCACUUUAACGGCAGACAUCAGUCACACACCCGACAUCGUUGGCGCCGGACACAUUAAGGAGGUCAUCGUGGCUGCUGAGGCAGAGCCAGGGGACGGCGACAUGGCCGAAGCCCCAGACAGCCCCAGCCGUCAGGGGCCCGGGCUCACCGGGGAGGGCGAGCAGGCUCAGGUCAAGCUGCUGGUGAACGAGGAUGGUCGCUACGUGUGCAUGCUGUGCCAUAAGACCUUCAAGACGGGCAGCAUCCUCAAGGCCCACAUGGUCACCCACAGCAGCCGCAAGGACCACGAGUGUAAGCUGUGUGGGGCCUCCUUCCGGACCAAGGGUUCGCUCAUCCGGCACCACCGGCGGCACACAGAUGAGCGCCCCUAUAAGUGUGUCAAGUGUGGGAAGAGCUUCCGGGAGUCAGGGGCGCUGACCCGGCAUCUCAAGUCUCUCACCCCAUGCACAGAAAAAAUCCGUUUCAGCAUGAGCAAGGAUGUGGUUGUUGGCAAAGAGGAUGUGCCUGCAGGGUCUGGCACCUCCACCGUGGGGACUGUUACAUCUUCAUCGGUGACCAGCGAACCUAUGGAGACCUCGCCGGUGAUUCACCUGGUGACAGACGCCAAGGGCACUGUCAUCCACGAGGUCCACGUGCAGAUGCAGGAGCUUCCUUUGGGCAUGAAAGCCCUGGCCCCAGAGCCCCCGGGCCCCGAGGAGCUGCCCUGUUCCAGCGAGGGUGGCCGUGAGAACCUGCUGCACCAGGCCAUGCAGAACUCCGGCAUUGUCCUUGAGCGUGUCAGUGGAGAGGAGAGGGCCCUGGAGCCGGCCCCUCCUGCUGCACCCAGUCCGCAGCCCCUGGGAGAUGGUCCUCCAGAGCUGCCACUGCUGGAGGUGGAGCCGGUGGAGACACAGGUGGCCAGCGGGGCCUCAGCUGUGCCCAGGACCCACUCGUGCCCUCAGUGCAGUGAGACCUUCCCGACGGCGGCCACCCUGGAGGCCCACAAAAGGGGCCACACAGGGCCAAGGCCAUUCACAUGCGCGCAGUGUGGCAAGGCCUUCCCGAAAGCCUACCUGCUCAAGAAGCACCAGGAGGUGCACGUGCACGAGCGCCGCUUUCGCUGUGGGGACUGCGGGAAGCUCUAUAAGACCAUCGCCCACGUCCGUGGCCACCGGCGCGUCCACUCUGACGAGCGGCCCUAUCCGUGUCCCGAGUGUGGCAAGUGCUACAAGACCAAGAAUGCCCAGCAGGUGCACUUCCGGACUCACCUGGAGGAGAAGCCGCAUGUGUGCCCGUUCUGCAGCCGGGGCUUCCGGGAGAAGGGCUCCCUGGUGCGGCACGUGAGGCACCACACGGGCGAGAAGCCCUUCAAGUGUUACAGGUGCGGCCGUGGCUUUGCUGAGCACGGCACGCUCAACCGGCACCUGCGCACCAAAGGGGGCUGCCUGCUGGAGGUGGAGGAGUUGCUGGUGUCUGAGGAGAGUUCCACAGCAGCUGCCACCGUGCUGGCCGAGGACCCUCACACUGUGCUGGUUGAGUUCUCGUCCGUCGUGGCCGACACCCAGGAGUACAUCAUCGAGGCCACCGCAGACGACGCGGAGACCAAUGAAGCUGCAGAGAUCAUUGAGGGGACCCAGACGGAGGUGGACAGCCACAUCAUGAAGGUGGUGCAGCAGAUUGUGCACCAGGCCAGCGCGGGCCACCAGAUCAUCGUGCAGAACGUGACUAUGGACCAGGAGGCAGGGCUGGGCCCUGAGGCCGCAGCGGCGGACACCAUCACCAUCGCGACACCUGAGAGCCUGACGGAGCAGGUGGCCAUGACGCUGGCCUCGGCCAUCAGCGAGGGCACCGUGCUCACGGCCCGCACGGGCACUAAUGGCGGCGAGCAGGCCACUGUGACCAUGGUUUCCUCGGAGGACAUUGAAAUCCUGGAGCAUGCUGGCGAGCUGGUCAUUGCCUCACCAGAGGGCCAGCUCGAGGUGCAGACGGUCAUCGUCUAGCGUGGCCGCCUAUAGGCUCUUGGGCAGGGCUGCCCAGGACCCAGAGAAGAGGGGACACGAGUUCAGGUGUUCAGAGGGGAUGUGGGCGUGUAAAUAGUUUUUUGUUGCUUUACAAUAAAACAUGAAAAAGCCA